AUAGUACAGCACCACCGGGUCGGCGGUCAGAGUGGUCGUAUGAGGAAGCUGCUGCUGUUUGUGGCUGCCUUUUCGCUGCUACGUCCGCUUCCCUGUCGGUUUCCGUGCCGUCAUCUCUGCUGCAGUCAUGCCCGAUCGGAGAGUCCUGGUCUUUCCGUCCGCCGCAGAGCUGGGUCCGGCCCUGGCGAGCCUGGUGGCCGCCCGGGCACAGCGGGCCUGCGCCUCUGACAGGGGCCGGUUCUGUCUGGGCUUGUCUGGCGGCAGCCUGGUGUCCCUGCUGAGCAAGCAGCUGCCCGCCGUGCCGGGUCUGGACUGCAGCCGCUGGGUCGUGGGGUUCUGCGAUGAGAGGGUGGUUCCGUUCGAUGACCCGGAGAGCACAUACGGACUGUACAAGGAUCAGCUGCUAUCCAAGAUCAACAUCCCUGACAGUGGAGUCCUGGCCAUCAACCCCUCCUUACCCGUAGGAGAGUGUGCAGAGGACUACGCACGCAAACUGCGUGAGGCCUUCCCUGGUGAGGAGAUCCCUGUGUUUGACCUGCUGCUGCUGGGGAUGGGUCCUGAUGGCCACACCUGCUCCCUCUUCCCAGACCACCCCCUGCUGGAGGAGACCCAGAAGACGGUGGCCCCCAUCAGCGACUCCCCCAAGCCUCCCCCUCAGAGGGUCACCAUGACACUGCCUGUGGUCAACGCUGCCCGCUGUGUCGCCUUCGUGUCAACAGGGGGCAGUAAAGCCUCUGUACUGAAGCGAGUCCUGGAGGGGGGAGGAGGCCCGGUUCUGCCCGCAGGGCGGGUCUCCCCCAGCAGAGGAGAGCUGCUCUGGCUGCUGGACGAGCCGGCUGCCGCCUCCCUCACCCUGCAGGUGGAGAGACCAGUCCCUGGCGCACAGCUCUGAGACCACCACCAGGGGGAGCCAGAGAGCCCUGUAUCGGCAGAAAGAAAGCGUGUGAGACACACAGCACUUAGCACAUACAGCCCUGAGAAUAAAAUGUGAACUUGCAAAUUUGUGUGUUUCUCACAAUCAAGAUAAAAUCCUUGAGAGUUGGGACCUAAUUUAAUGUUGCUCUGUGCACCCAGAGCUGAUGGACCUCAUGUCCUGCCGACUUAUAGACUGUUUACAUUCCAUUCAUUUGGAAUUUUUUUAAGAAAGGUUCCAGAAUGAGAAUCUACUGUCUUCUUUUUUGUCUGCCAUAGGACAGUAGUGUAGCACUGAACUGGGAUCAUAAGAGUAAUCUGAAAUGAUGAACUAGAACUAUGAAUA